UGCGCGGGCGCGGUGUAUGCUGGGCGCAGCCCUUUCCCGCGGUGACUUUGCAGUUAAGCGAAGGCGUCUGCGGCUCGCUGCCUCAGCUUCUGGCGGGGACCCCCGGCCAGGAUGGUCGGGGUGAAGGUCAUCGCGAACGACACCGAGUUCCAGCCUGAGCUCAGCGCCGCCGGCUCUCGGCUCGCCGUGGUCAAGUUCACCAUGCGGGGAUGUGGUCCUUGUUUGAGGAUAGCCCCAGCUUUCAAUGCUUUGAGUAAUAAAUAUCCCCAGGCAACUUUUUUGGAAGUGGAUGUACAUCAGUGCCAGGGAACAGCUGCAACCAAUAAUAUAUCAGCAACACCAACAUUUCUGUUUUUCCGAAACAAAGUGCGAAUCGACCAGUAUCAAGGAGCUGAUGCUGUAGGAUUAGAAGAAAAAAUUAAACAGCAUCUAGAGAAUGAUCCUGGAAGUAAUGAGGACACAGAUAUUCCGAAAGGAUAUAUGGAUUUAAUGCCAUUUAUUAAUAAAGCUGGCUGUGAAUGUCUUAAUGAAAGUGAUGAACAUGGAUUCGAUAACUGUUUACGUAAAGACUCUACCUACCUGGAAUCUGACUGUGAUGAGCAGCUCCUUAUUACUGUAGCUUUUAAUCAACCUGUCAAGCUUUAUUCCAUGAAACUUCAAGGGCCAGAUAAUGGUCAGGGUCCCAAAUAUAUAAAAAUCUUCAUCAACCUUCCCCGAUCUAUGGACUUUGAAGAGGCAGAAAGAAGUGAACCAACCCAAGCCUUGGAACUAACGCCGGAUGAUAUAAAAGAAGAUGGUAUUGUCCAGCUUCGCUAUGUAAAAUUUCAGAAUGUUAACAGCGUAACUUUAUUUGUCCAGUCCAAUCAUGGUGAUGAAGAGACGACAAGAAUUACAUAUUUUACAUUUAUUGGAACUCCAGUCCAAGCAACAAACAUGAAUGACUUCAAGCGAAUAAUACACAUGGGCAAGUUGACAAUUCCCAGCUCUGAAUGGUGGUAGGCAAGAAAGGAGAGAGCCACUAAGAUGCAAGGAACACUGGAUCGCCUUAUUGAAAUCGGAUGGCAUCUUCACUUUAUCUACAGCUCCUGGAUAAUUGCUUGACUGUAGACAGACUGUCAAUCUAUUUCAUUUAAUGCCAUUACCAAUAAAUCAUAGCUUUUGUUGAGAUGGAGUUUCACUAGAGUAUUUCUGUUGUAAUCUUGGUACAUGUAUUUGUAAAUAAAAUUCAUUACUUUUGCCAAGUUUAAUUUUGUCAUUGUAAUAACUAAGGCUUUUUUUUUACAGUUUCAUUUAAAUUUCAAAACUGGACUGGCUUAUCUUUAAAAACAGAAGACUUAAUGUAGCCUGCAUUUGUUUAAUUAGUUUAAAAUGUCAAAUUUAAGUAAAUCAUCUUUUGGCUUUCUGAAAGUACAUUUAAAAAUAAAAUCCAGAGCUACUUUCUUAUAAGCCUGUGCUAAUUUAUGAUCAGCAUUGAUACAGUAUGGAUAUUUCUCAAAGGGAAUAAUUUUUUUAGUCUCCCUUUUCCCAUCCAAAAAUAUAGGGUGAGGAAGCAUAUUUCAAAUUAUUGUUGUAUCAGCUUGUUUGUUACAAGUUGCACAUCAGUUGAAACAAACAGUGGGAUAUGAUAGUUCACUACAGAUUAGGCACCGUGAAAAUUCCUGUUAGUCUUUCAGAAUACCAUCUCUAGUUGGAACAUUUUGAACUUGUUAGUCACACACACACACGAUCCCUUUGUUACUGCUGAACUUAAUUGGGCAUUAUAUUCUUUCUCUCAAUCUUGAUAUAGAAAUGCUCAUUGCAGAUACCGUUCUUACCCAUCCUUUAAGGAAUUCAGAUUAAGAUGUAUCUGUGCUCAACUGCUUAAAACCUUUUUUGCUAAAAUUCCUUGGAAAAGUGCCCUAAGUAAUUUUAAUAAAUAAAUUCCUAUAAAGUUUUACUAAGUGGUUUUUAAUUGGCAUAAUUAGUUCCUUUGUAAAGUUAAAUUUGUUGCGUUUCUAAUUACAAUAAAUCCCAGUAAGAAUUAAAUCCUCUCCUAAUUGGCAUUCUUUUCUUUAACACAGUAGGGAUUCUUCCGUACUGGCUUGGCAGACUUACACAUUUAUACCAAGGUAACUUUCUCUGCAUAGAGAUUUUCUUUGAAAAAGUUUGAGAUUGUGCAGAAAACUAUACUUUCUAUGAGGCACUUCUUUAAAACUAUAUUGCUACAUACCCCUCUGUACUCAUCCCUUGGUAUUGCACAUAUUUAAUGGCAUUAAUGCCUUGAUUUCUUUUGUAAUUCCUAAAUAUUUUGCUUAAAUGGGAUAUGAGGUAUCUGAGACACUGUAUAUAGAAUUUAAAAUCACUUUUAAAUAUAAUCAAGGGCAAUAUGAAUAACUGUUUCUGUUUAUAAUUUUGUACACUAACUACCUUUUGGGUUAUUGUUAAAGUGCCUCAUUUUAACUAUUACUUACCUCAUACUAUUGAUACCUGAGAGAAUUUGAUAAUCUAGUGAAUCUCAUCUUUGUAAAAGGUCAGAUUUGUAUUGUUUGCCUCUUCUGUGACUUUGUUGGUUGCAUGGUGCAUACUUUCCAUAUCUAUACAAUGUAAAUAGAUCUAAAAUGUUUAGCGGUAACUGUAACAUGUUCAGUUGAUGGGAAAGAGUUAUUAAAAUCAUGCAUAUCAAAU